GUGCAUCCUUUUCCCACUCCUUGCGAUGCUCCUGGACGAUUUGUCCGAGAGUCCCCGUUUGGCACGCUUCUUCACCCGGAAGACCUCAGUGCCUCCGGAACUUCUUCGCUUGGAGGAUGACGAUGUGCAAGAAGAGAAGAGACGAGUGGCAGAGGUCGAUCCGCGAAAGCAGGUGAUGUAUGUGAAGGGUUUGCGAAAGGCCUACGGCAGCAUGCUCAGUUCCAAGGUGACACAUGCAGUUCGAGGAGUCACUUGGGCAGCUGAUCAGGGUAUGGUCUUUGGUCUCCUGGGUGUGAAUGGCGCGGGCAAGACGACCUCUUUCAAACUCAUGUCAGGUAUCUACACUCCAUCUGAGGGAGAAGUUCGAAUCCUCGGUAUCGAUAUGGUGGAAGAAACGAGCCGCGCACGGCGCCUCAUCGGCUACUGCCCGCAGUUUGACGCUCUCAUCCAUGUAAUGACGGUGGAAUCACAUUUGUAUCUCUAUGGCCGAAUGAAAGGCCUGGUUGGCCGCGACUUGCAGACAGCUGUGGAUGACAAAAUCAAUGAGAUGCAGUUAUCAAUGUAUCGCUAUCGCAGGGCGGGCACUCUGUCUGGAGGGAACAAGCGGAAGCUCUCGGUGGCCAUGGCAUUGAUUGGAGAACCUCCAGUGAUCUUUCUGGACGAGCCGAGCACAGGCAUGGAUCCAUUUGCCAGGCGCUUCAUGUGGUCUGUGAUCCAGGAUGUUGCAGAGAAGCGCAAACAGUCGGUGGUCGUGUUGACCACGCACUCCAUGGAAGAAGCCGAGGCACUGUGCAGCAGCAUCGCUAUCCAGGUGGAUGGACAGUUCCGAUGCCUUGGCUCUGCACAGCACUUGAAGUCCAAGUAUGGCAAAGGAUAUGAGGUGAGCGCCAAGUUCCGGGCGAUCGACCGAGAUGCCUUGUCACAACGAGCCAUGCAAAUGCUUCCUUCAGGUUGGGAACUCGACCGGAGUGGUUACACCAUGAUGUCCAAGAACCAGGCGAUCAAUGUUCUGGAUGAGAAGCUGGUGACUGCAGCUACACUGCCUUCGGGACCAAUACCAGAAGGGCAGCAGGAAGUGGCCGUGGAGGUUCUGGCUGAGUGGGUGAUCACACAACAGCACGUGGAAGAUCUGAAAGACUUCUUCUCGGAGCCGGGUGGCUUGGGAGACUUGAACCUGGGAGAGGUGCUGGUCCUUGAGAACCAUGGCUCUUCGUUGCGACUGCGACUCCCUUUGGCCGGAGAAGCACAGCUGCCGCAGCUCUUCGCCAUGCUGAGCAAGGAGAAAGCACGAUUUGGACUCAGUGACUUUGCCGUAUGCCAAUCCUCGUUGGAGCAAGUCUUCAAUGGUUUUGCUGCUGAAGCCGGUGGUCACCAGUGAGAUGUUUGCCGAAUUUUUGUGAAUUGUGAAGGAGAAGGUGGUUUGUGAUUGAGGGUCUUUGGCACCGGUGCGCCUGUAACUCGGCGCAGGCCUGUAUAUACGUGUGAGCCCAAAGUUGGCAACAUGCCGAUGUUUCGGCACAUUUCGCAAGGGAGGUAUACUCUAUUUUCGUGCUAUACUUACCCUGCGAGUCAAAGACUAUU